UCUGUAUUGUCAGUAUGUAUUGUAUAACACAAUACAAAGGUAUUCGUACGUACCAUCCGUACCUUACCUUGGUGGGCACAAAGUGUUAUAAAUCCCACCCAGUGGUACGAGCUUCCUUGUCCGGUAGGAAGUAAAUACAGUAUUGUUUAGUUCCUUUACCAUAGUAUUGGCACUAAGGUUACCUAGUCUGGAUCUCGAACUGCCAUCACCUCAGCCACUGAACAUCAAGGUCUAUAUUACUCCAUUCAUAGCUGUCUCGUGUGACAACCAUAGAAAUGGCCACAGUACUGAUUGUGCGACUAGUAUACGUUCCCCAAGAUUCACACCAUACAUUGAAGAUUGCUCAACCGAAGGCUGAAGGGAUCUGGUGAACGGCUUCUGCUAAAUUCGCUGCGAGACAGCAAGUAACAUCAACUCUCCCAUACCUGUAUUCACCAUGAAGGUCAAGAUCAAGAACUGGAACGCUGUCGCAACCUGGCGAUGGGACAUUCCAGAGGACGAUGUUUGCGGUAUCUGCCAAGUGCACUUCGACGGAACAUGCCCAGCAUGCAAAUAUCCCGGCGAUGACUGCAGUCUUUUGUCGGGCAAGUGUGGGCACAACUUCCACAUGCACUGCAUCCUCGAGUGGAUAAAGCAAGAUUCGGCAAAGGGCCAGUGCCCGAUGUGUCGGCAGAAGUUUGAAUGGAGCGAACAGCUAAACGAGCCGUCGAUUGACCAUACUCAAGGGUCGACCGAGACUCAGGUUGCGGAUUAGAUUAGAUAGUGAAAUUGAUCCGAGGUAUGAGAUAAACGUCCAGUCAAGAGCACAUAACAUGUCCUGUAUUAUUUCACCCAGCUUGACAAAAAGGAGGACAAAGCUGCGCAGUUAUUGUCAAUCCAAUCACGCAAAACAGAAGGCCUGCAAUUUAUAUAUACAUUCAAGCAUUCUGAUUUACGCUUGGGGGAUUUCAACCGCAUGGCAAUAGCUAGAGUAACGACGAUGGAGAAUGGUUGCUGCUAGCAGUCCGAGUCUAAAAAUAAUAAGCCUGGCGAUCGUCGUGAACAGUAUCCUGGCUGAACUUUAGAGCAAGCGCUGGCACUUCGUCGGGGGGGAACGCUUGCCACGAUUAUUCCGUACAGAUAGAGUAAAUUCGGAAUUUGUCACUCCCAAUUAUUUACCUGGG